GCUUUUCAUCUCUCCCCUCUGUGGCACCACUGCUCUUUUACCAAGGCAUAUAUCAUCGAAGGUUUUUCUAUCUUAGACCCUUUCCCACGCCAAGAUGCAGUUGCCAACGUCUUUCCUCGCCGCCGCUGUCAUGCUGGGCUUCACCAGUAUGACAGACGCUGUCUGCUCCGGUAACGUCUACGCUAUUGGUACACCACAGGUCCUCUCUACUGGAAAUACGCAGUGGAAUAUCUACGACACCAGCUGCAACGUCUACCAAAGCUACCAGCAGUCCUCCGCUGUCAGCGUCUGCGACUCAGCCGCCUUCUACUGCACCUUUGGCACAACGCUCAUAGACCAGUACGACGACCCGAAAUCAGGCUGGGCAUACAACUGCUCGGCAGAUGCCACCUCAGAGACGUGCGGGACCGACACGAUCAUCGAUUGUUGCUUCCCGUUUUGGGGCCAGAUUCCCAACGCGAACCCGGAGGAGAGCUGAGGUCGCCGUAGGAAGGGCCCUUUUCACGACCGUGUUCUUGUCGAGGUGAAAGGAGGCUGGGAGUAUACUAAAAGAAAAGAAGAAACCCCAUUUUGAUGGUAAUGAAUGGAAGAGGCGUCAUGGGAGUGCUGGUUGUGCCUGCAUCAUGUACCACUCGAGACCUUUUUACAAUUUAAUGCGAAUUGAUGAACUACCCUAAC